GAGGGGCGUUUAGGAAGAAAGAUCGCCUACAAAACUAUCAGCGCAGUCACAAAACAUGGCGCCUACCUCCGCCGACAACUUCAGAUGAAAGUGUGAGAAGAAGUGGGCUGCAAACUUUGAUAGGAGUACAAGAACCAGCAUCGACUUGUCUCUGCGCACAAAGUCCUCGUCGAAACGGAAUACAUAAAGCGGUGAAACAGCAAGUUGCCUACAUGUCAACAUAGUCUCCUGUUGCAGCGUAAACAGCUGGUACGCCCAGCCAUGAUCGAGGACAAGGGUCACCGUGUGACCGACUACUUUGUGGUGGCGGGCCUGACUGACAAGCCCACGCCCCUGGAGCAGGACCUGUCAGAAACCAAGUCCGGCGGGCCAAAGGCGCCCAUCACCGACCUGGCUGUCAUUAACAGGUCCGCCGGUGAAACUGCCCCGGAGGGCUUCACCUGCAUCGAGACCACCUACAGCGGCCAGCCGGCCAACCUCAACCAUGGCAGCCUCAAGAGUCCAGAGCUCUUCCUGUGCUACAAAAGGGUUCGGGGGAAACCGCCGCUCAUUGACAUAGGAGUGCUGUAUGAGGGCAAGGACCGUCUGAUCCAGGGCUGCGAGGUCAUCCAGGCCACGCCGUACGGACGCUGCGCCAACGUCAACAACAGCUCUGCCAACUCGCAGCGCAUCUUCGUCACUUUGCGCCGAGCCCCUCCGGUCCAGCCUCAGAAUUCCCUGGCAGUGACAGACAUCUGCGUGAUCAUCACCAGCAAGGGCGAGACACCGCCACACACCUUCUGCAAAGUGGACAGGAACCUGAACUGUGGCAUGUGGGGUUCCAAUGUGUUCCUGUGUUACAAGAAAUCGGUAUCGGCGUCCAACUCUAUAAGUUACAAAGCAGGUUUAAUCUUUCGUUACCCCGAAGAGGACUAUGAAUCUUUUCCUCUGUCGGAGUCUGUACCUCUUUUCUGUUUGCCAAUGGGUUCCAAGAUUGAAUGCUGGGCGCCGAACACCCGCGACCCUCUGCCGGUUUUCUCUACGUUUGUCCUAACCAUCUCUUCUGGUGAAAAGGUUUACGGAUCAGCCAUCCAGUUCUACGAACCGUACUCUGUUGAUCUUCUGAGCGAGAAGCAGAAGAUCCAGCUGGGUCUGCUCACCGCUGUGGAGAAGAAGAUGAUCCCCAACCGCUCCGUAAACACCAACAAAUGCAUCUGUCUGCUGUCCCGCUGGCCCUUCUUCGAAUCGUUCCGCAAGUUCCUGAUGUUUAUCUACAAGCUCUCGGUCUCAGGCCCACAUCCACUGCCCAUUGAAAAGCACAUCUCGCACUUCAUGCACUAUGUGUCAUUUCCUUCCCCUCAAAGGCCCAGAAUCCUUGUCCAGCUCUCGGCACAUGACACUUUGAUACUGUCUCAGCCCGUGUGUACUCCCUUACCCCUCAGUGGGGCAGAUUACGGCACUUUGCUGAUGAAUCUGGGUGCAGAAAACUGCGCCACGCUGCUGCACUUUGUCCUGCUGGAGAGCAAGAUUCUGCUUCACUCGCUGAGGCCCGCCGUGCUCACCGGAGUGGCUGAGGCUGUGGUAGCUAUGAUCUUCCCCUUCCAGUGGCAGUGCCCCUACAUCCCGCUGUGCCCCCUGUCUCUGGCAGGCGUCCUCAACGCGCCAUGUCCUUUCAUUGUUGGUGUCGACUCGCGCUACUUUGACCUGUACGACCCCCCGCCAGAUGUUGUCUGUGUGGACCUGGACACCAACACCAUCUAUCUGUCGGAUGAGAAGAAACACAGCAACUGGAAGUACCUCCCAAAGAAGCCCUGCAAGAGUCUGAUCAACUCGCUGAGCAACUUGCACCACCAGCUGGUCACAGUGGCAGUUCGCCAAACUCCACACGAGGACUCGGCUUUGGACCUGACCCCCAUCGACGCGGACUUCACCUGGCACAAGAAGAAGAUGUCCCUGGAGAUGGAGAUCCAGGAAGCCUUCCUACGGUUCAUGGCCUCCAUCCUGAAGGGCUACCGCUCCUACCUCAAACCCAUCACCCAGGCACCCUCUGAGAAGGCCACGGCCGCGGACUCCCUUUACGACCUGCAAGGUUUCCUAAAAAGCAGAGACCGCGCCCAUCAGAAGUUUUACUCCCAGCUCACAAAGACCCAGAUAUUCAUCCGUUUUAUCGAGGAAUGCACCUUCGUCAGCGACAAAGACACCGGCCUGGCCUUUUUCGAUGACUGUGUGGAGAAGCUUUUUCCCUUUGAUAAAAUCAACGACAAGAGUACCAAGGUUGAAGGAGAUUCAUCUGAGGACACCAAACUGCUGGAGCUGGAUGAGUCUCAGAAGAGCGAGCACACGGUUUUCGUAAUGCCUCCAGAGCCUCUGGCCGACAACGGAUCUGAACCCGCCCCUCAAUACACAUAUAAAGGUUUCCCCAGACUGCAGCUGAGUCUGUUUGACCGGCCCAGAGAGUUGCGUCCUGCGCUGAGCACCAGAGCAGCGGGGGCCAGUCUGUCCAGCAGCCCUGCACUGCUGGCUAAGAGAACCAAGCAGGAGAUUAAGCUGGCCUACAAGCUGGCGAAGCGUUUCUACUCCAACCCGCCGCAGUGGGCGCGCUGCCUGUUCAGCCACUGCUACAGUAUGUGGUUCAUCUGCCUGCCUGCAGGUGUGCGGCUGGCCAAGUCCAAGAGCCGAGCCAUGCAGCAGGCCUACAACGUGCUGCUGAAGAUGAGGGCCACUGAGGUGGAGAUUCUGGACGAGGUGUGCUACAGAGUGGUGAUGCAGCUCUGCGGUGUGUGGGGUCUCCCUGUUAUGGCUGUGCGAGUCCUGGUAGAGAUGAAAAAAGCCGGAGUUCAUCCGAACGCCAUCACAUACGGAUACUAUAACAAGGCCGUCCUGGAAAGCCCCUGGCCGAGUCGAAACCGCAGCGGCCUCUUCAUGUGGACCAAGCUGCGUAACGUCGUUCGUGGAGUGGCCCAGUUCAAGCAAAUCCAAAAUCACACAUUGUCCAAGAAGAAGACGCCCACGAUAACGACCACAGCUGCACCAGGAGAAGAGUCCGGAGUCACAGAUGCUGAUAAUCUGAGCCACGGAAGCGCUCACAGCUCCAAUGAAGUGAACGGCGAGGAGCACAACGAGGACACAGCAGACGGCUGCAACACAGGAAGACAGUCUGACCAAGGAUACGGUUCUAAGGAUGAGCUGCACCAGGAGCUGGCAGAGCCUUCACCUACAGAAGAGCAUUCAGCUGGCCAGAGAAACUCUGAUGAAAAGACCCUUAAUGGUGGCGACAUUGCAGGCUCAGUGGACAGUGCAGUGGCAGUGGCAGAGCCCCUCAGUCCUGUUGAUGUCCCUUCACCCGUCCCCAGCAUUGUUAGGCUCUCCACUGGAAGCUUUGAUGGUGGCAGGGAAACCAAACCUGGGAAGCUGUUCCGGAAUCUCAGUAAGACAGAUAGCGUGUCGCUGCCAGAUCCCGACGCCUCGCUGGCGGUGGGGGAAGCCCCGCCACCGUCCCAGCAUCAACGGCAGAAAGCCUUCUUGGAGCGUAGCUGCAGCUUCAGCGCCGAAACCCGCGCUGGGAUGCUCCUGGAGAAAGGUGUGGACCACAUGGCCAGCCAGAUGGGCGCAGACGCCCGCAUCCUGGCCGCAGCGCUCUCAGGGACUCAGAGUCCGCCGCCACACAGCAAGUCCAAAGCACUUUUCGAAGACCUUGAGGAAGAGUCAGGGGACGAUAAAAACCCUUCAAAGGAGGAGGCUAAAGGAGAAGUUAAAAAUGAGGAGACAAAGGUGAAGGUCACUGAGAUCAAGAAGGAGAAAAGAGAGAGGAAGCAGACGGAGUCGCAUGAGGAUGAGUCCGGAGCGCGAGGAGCCACACUGGAGAGGGCCGAUGUGAAGGCGGGGGCCGACCCGCUCUCCCUCAUGGUGUCGGAGAAUGAAGAAUCAGCGUCCAUUAGCAGCCAGGAUCCCCCGCGCUCCGUCCCUACCGUUGUAUCCCGCAACCUGGCCGAGGAAAUCGAAAUGUACAUGAGUCUGAGGAGCCCACUGGGGUCGAAGUCCUCCAGCAUGGAGCUGCAGCAGGGCCAGGGAGACGCCCCCUACGUAAAUCAGCCCGAAAAGCCUCUGGAGCGGAGGCCCAGCCUCCCCGUUCAUCCGGUCAAAAGCGCCGGCAGCUCGCCGGCCGACACGCCCAAACGCAGCCCGAAAACUGUCACUCGCUCCAAGACUUUUGCUGUGAAGAUGAAAACAUCUGCGAGCGCUACGGCGAGCCCCGCCCCUAAAUCCUCCUCGCUCACGGCGCUGGUUAAGUCCUCGCAGGCGGGAUCGCUGGGAUCCGUCAUCAACACCUUUUCAGGCAUUAAAAUGGACUCAUUGCUGUCAGGAGCCAAAAUCGAUGUGCUGAAGUCGAGCAUGAAGCACGCGGCGAAUGUGGGCAGUAAAAUGUGGGGGGCCAUGGCAUCAGCCUUUACUUACUCAGAUGACGAGGAUGAGCAGCCUCAGGGCGUGGGCGGUUUCCCUGGCGGUCUGGAUGAACACAUGUUGUCUUCACAUGAUUUGGCUGAGAGUCCUGAGAAAAGAACAGUCUCCGGUUUGGUUGCUAAUGGCCUUAACCAGAGCAGCACCAGCUUGGGCAGCAGCAGCAGCAGCAGCGAUACGGGCCGAGGGACUCAGCAGACGCAUGCAACUCCAGGUCGCGCGGGCCGGGGCCCCGACUCUGAGCAAAGCUCCUCCCACCACGCCUCCUCCUCCAGCAUCUACCAGAACUGCGCUCUGGAGGUGCUGAUGUCCAGCUGCUCCCAGUGCCACUCCUGCGAGGCUCUGGUGUACGACGAGGAGAUCAUGGCAGGCUGGACGGCGGACGACUCCAACCUGAACACCAACUGCCCGUUCUGCCGGACAGCCUUCCUUCCGCUGCUGCAUGUGGAAUUUCACGACCUCCGCAUGACCCCCGAUUUUUAUAUGAAUCCGAGUGCGUCUGGAGAAAGCAUUCACAGCAACACCGCUCAGCCCACAGCCAGCAGCUUGGCCGACAUAAAGACACCCGACCUCAUCACUUUCUCAGAGGAGACGAAGGAGACGCCGGACAAUCGUCCUGCAGCUCAUAAGAGUCUGGUUCCGGAGCCGGUCCAGUCGGACCCCCUGGGCCUCCUGGUGCACCCGGCAGCAGGGAAGCAGGAGAAAAGCAGCGGGACGUCGCUGACGCGCAGCAACAGCGUUGGGGGUCCGCUGCAGAGCCUGGACUACACCCUGAGACCCGGACACGGCGUCUCCACCACCAGCCUGCCCUGCAGCCUGCACGAAGUGUCGGAUGGCAUUGGCAAAAAACGUCCAAAUCCCAAGCCGGUGUCCGUCCCGUACCUGAGCCCUCUGGUCCUGCGCAAAGAGCUGGAGACCCUGUUGGAGAACGAAGGAGACCAGGUCAUCUACACCCACAAGUUCCUCAGUCAGCAUCCAAUUAUUUUCUGGAACCUGGUGUGGUACUUCCGCCGCCUGGACCUCCCGUCUCACCUGCCGGGCCUCAUCCUGACUUCUGAACACUGCAACAACGGAGUCCAGCUCCCCCUGACGUCGCUGUCUCAGGAUAGUAAGCACGUCUUCGUCCAGCUGCUGUGGGACAACAUCAACCUGCAUCAGGAACCCGAGGAACCGCUCUACCUCCUCUGGAGGACCUUUUUGGAGAAAAAGGGGACUUUAGCUCCAACAGAUCAUCAGGAGAUCCGAACCCUUCUCAACGCCAUCGUUAGAAACAUCCAGACCAACGACGUCUACGGUCCCAUCAACCUGCUGCUGCGGGAGAUCAAACGCCGUCCAGACGGCGUCAAACGGCAAAGGAGUAUUUACAGAGAAAUUCUGUUUCUCUCACUGGUGGCUUUGGGACGAGAGAACAUUGACAUAGAGGCCUUCGACAGGGAGUACCGGCAGGCCUACGACCAGCUGAGCCCGGAGCAGCUAAAGUCUCUGCACCGCAUGGACCGCCCGCCCAGCACCAGCAUCCAGUGGUGUCUGAAAUGUUUUGGCGCCCCUUUCAUCUGAACAACGGUUGCAUCUCGUAGCGUUCUCACUGGUCAUCUGCAGCAGAGGGGAACAGUGAACUUUUUAAGCCUAUCCCUUUGCUGAACAUGGUACUUUAAAGCUGCUUUUUUUUUUCUUGUAUGUUUUCUAGCCAGGGCUUUCGGUUGGAAAUGUUUUUUGCCUCCCGGGACGACGUGAGCCGCGCUUCUUCACACGUGGUGUUCAGAAAUACUCGUUACCUAACAGAACGUUCUGUUUGUCCGCGCCGCAGUCACUUCCUCUGUCCUGUAACUUCUCCCAGAUCAGAUCAGAUGAGACAGAUAUGUCCCAGAGUGCAGAACCAGAGUGUUCUGUAUUUGCACUUUCUAAAGCAGACAAUAACACACAUACUGAGCUCCACCACCUGUUUGUACAUAUUUUUCAUUCAAAUGAGAAAUCUGAAACCAGAGUUGCCUUUUUUGUUGUUGUUGUUGUUUUUGUUCUUUCCAAGUCUUAAUGAAUCCUGGAGAUGUUGAAGUGUACAUAUACAAGCUCGUGUUUGUUUCAGUGACCGAAGCUACAGACAAUCACUAAGUAUCAAUCACUAAAAUGGAUUCACAACAUUCCUGAUCGCCCUGCAGCCAGGAGCAUGUCUUACACCAGUACUGAUCUCUGUAACAACACCCGACUCCUGAACGUAGGAGUGCCACACUACUGAUCCAAAAACAACACAACCAUGCUAAUGCAAGGAAAGCUAAACAGCAGCUCGGUUUGCUUUUAAUAUCUGCCUUUUUUUAACAGGAACUUGCUGCAGUAGUUGCUCUAAAAGGCCUUAUUGUGGUAGAGCUGAUAUGUAGUUGGGCUAUUCUCUCUUUUCUGCAUCAAAUAAAGCCUUCAUGUCUUUCUAAAGUCAAAAUGUAAUGAAUUUCAAAAGUAUUCACACCCUUUGUACUUUUCUUUUUUUUUUUUUUUUUACAUUUGCAUAAAGUAGUCCAUAAUUGAGAAGUGGAAGGAAAAUGGUGCAUGGUUUUCAAAAUGUUCUUUUUUAAAAUUAAAUUCUGUAAAUUGCUGCAUUAGUAUUAAAUUAAAGCUGAAUUAAACCUGUGCAUCCUUUUUCUUUUACUUCACAUAUAUGACCUCUUUCUGCUGGUCUAUCACUCGACAUUUAAAUGAAAUGAUUUUAAGUUUGCCGUUGUGAUGAGACAAAUUCUCCCACCAGGCGCUCUGCUCACACACAGACUGGACGUCAUUUUAGUCGGUCCAACCCCUUUUUGAAAGUAGCUGCGGAAACCAGAACUUGUUGAUUACUGCCGACACUCUGCCAGGAGACUCUGAGGUGACAUUCCACUAAAUGCUGAAGCAUGAGGUAAAUCAGAUUAGUGCUGUGAUGACCUGUUGGGAAAUGGGCCUUAGAUUGAACUAUUUUUAGAUUUGAGUUGGGAGCUUGACUUGUACAGAAGAAAUCAUGUAAAUUAUUCCAUUUGCACUGCAUAGAGUGAGAUCUGAACUUGGCCCAUUGUGAUGAUAAGAUUAAGCCACAUCAUAGAGCAAACAAAAAGGAAAAAAAAAAAUCUUGAUUAUUUAUUUUUGUAUUAUUCACAUUUGGAUUGCAGACGGUUUGGUAAUGUAGAAUUUUUAUAACUAACAGCAUCCUGUUCCCUUUAAAUGUAUCUGUAAAGGGGGUUCCAUCCUGUACUAACUAUGUAAAUUAGUUUUUCUUGGUUGUACAGAGAAGACUUUUCUUUUUUUAAAUAACAAAUGAAAGUGAUCUCUUACCAUCCUGUGGAAAGGAAAUGAAUGUCUGUCCUUAAAAGCGCUGCAAUAAAUGAGUUUGUGAACUGAUUGGAAACAAA